AUGCUUGCGGGCCAAUUUAUCCUCGCGAUUCAAUUCAUACUACUGCAAAACCCUUUGAGAGAACUUCGACAUGAGCGAGACCACGUUGCUCCCGAGAAGUUACCAUUUUGGCGUCGGACGUACUGGGCGCUUUGCGUCCUCUUCAGUUCUCGUGGAAUAGGAUGGACAUACCAGAUCCCCCAUCUUCUGCCUCGCCCCAGUACGCCUCGCCGGGAAUUCGCGUAUCAACAAGUCGUCAAGGCGGUCUGGUGGUACUUGAUUGUGGAUCUCGGCAGAGCCUACCAGCACUCGAACAGGCUCUUCUUUAGAGAUGCAGCCGACCUCUUUGGCGAGGGAUUCCCCGGCUACCUCCAUCGAUGCGUCAAUAUCGUUGCCUUCCUGGGUCCAAUGAUCAGCAUUACGGGCGUCAUGUACUGUCUUAUCGCUGCUGUGUUUGUCACCCUGGGCUGGUCUCCUCCCAGAGAUUGGCCACAUGUGUACGGGAAUUGGGCCGACUCAUACACAGUCCGGCGAUUCUGGGGACGUACUUACCAUCAGAACUUUCGCCGGUGCACAGCAGCAGUAGGGAAGGGAUGCUGCCGCCUACUAGGCCUGAAACCGGGAUCUUGGGCUUCCUCAUAUACGCAGCUGUAUGUCGGCUUCGCCACAUCGGGUUUCAUGCACUGCGUGGGCGACCUUGUGGUUAAUCCAAUGCUUUUCGGCACGUCCUUCCCAUUCUUCAUAGCCCAGGCAGUCGCCAUCUCGCUGGAAGACGCAGCCAUCGGCGUUGCGCGGCGGAUAGGCCUGCAGUCCCGGUAUCCCGCUCAUUUAUGGCGCAUGCUGGGGUAUGCGUGGGUGGUUUUAUGGUUUAGCGUGUCGGCGCCGUGGUUCAUCGCAGCAUCACUCCGAGUCGGGGCACUGUCUCCCGUUUCAUUCUCGCUGAUAGCGAUGCUGAGUUCCAGAAUGGAGCAUGUUUUGCGAAAUCAGCUUCUUCUUGCAAUCGCUGUCACGAAGUUGCAACCAGCAGAGAUGUGA